AUGACAUCAAUUUCAAGAUCAUUUGCUACGGCAGCUAAAACGAAGCCUCAAUUCAAUGUAUUUGAUAGAUCAACGAAGCUUUUGCAGCGGUCGAGAACACCAAAACUUAACCCAGAACUAUCACGAAAGAAAGAUUACUUGAGAGACGACAUUGCUGUCAAAACAAUUGAACGAUUAGCUUUCAUCACUAAGCCCUUUGACAAAGCCCUAGACUUUGGCAGUCACGGUGGGAACUUAUUGAAACAGCUUUGUACGGAGAGCCAUGUUCCGCCACAAUUGCAAGCCGAUGAGAUCGAGGUAAAGAUUAUCGACCAGUUGAAUAAGGAUAAAAACUUGGUACGAAACAAAAUCAAGGAGCUUGUGUUGUUUGAUUCAUCGAAGGAGAUAUUAGAUAGAGACAACGAUCAGAAGUUUGACUUCGAAUUCGCUGGAAAAGUAAAGAAAGUAGUUGGUGAUGAGGAAAAGUUUGACCACGAGAUAUUACAAGAGUCAAACGCCUUCGACUUAGUGGUAUCCAACCUAAGUUUACAUUGGAUAAAUGAUCUCCCUCAAUGCUUAGCAAACAUUAACAGAAUACUAAAACCUGAUGGCUUAUUUAUGGGUACUCUUUUUGGAGGCGAUACUUUGUACGAAUUACGCACAUCGUUGCAGUUAGCAGAGCUUGAAAGGAAAGGGGGAAUUUCUCCUCGUGUCUCCCCACUAGUUCGUUUGAAUGAUGUGGGGUCCCUUUUGAAUAAAGCUGGUUUCAGCUUGUUGACGAUUGAUUCGGAGGACAUUGUUGUUGGGGGAUUUCCUGAUAUAGUUACUGUUUGCGAGGAUUUACAAGCCAUGGGAGAACAAAAUGCUGUCUUGUCUCGAGCAAACAACUUGCCCAAAGAUGUAUUGUUAGCAGCUAAUGAAAUAUACAAGAGUUUGCAUGGAGAGGUACAACCUGAUGGAAAAGUAUUACUUCCUGCCACAUUUAACGUAAUUUUUAUGAUUGGUUGGAAAAAGAGUGAAACACAACCCCAACCGUUGCAAAGAGGAACAGGAGAAGUAAACUUGAAGGAAGUAUUGCAGUGA